GGCCUGAACACCAAGUCGGGGAUUGGAUUUCUGACACCAGCGCGUCAGCCUGAUCGCAACAGUACCAAACACCGUCAUCUAAUCAUUCCAUGCAUUUCCCUGGCUUUCUCCGCAAGCCACAAAUAUGAUUCUUAUAUGUAAAUGUAGCGUACAGAAUGGCCUACAAGAAGGAAGCUUGUUCAUAUCUCCAACUAAUAUUUUUGCUUUUAUAAGAGAUUAAACAUACUUCUUUGAUGUGAAUAUUACUUAUAGAGCUUUCCACAUACGGCAGACAGUCUGUCUGCUG